AUGCCCACCCUCCUCCUAACGAUCUUCCUAAUUCAGCUCUCCAUCCACCUAAUCAACACCAUCGGCGCAUCUACCCUCAACGAGCUCCUAUGGACCCUCUACACCCGCGCCCCGCUCUCCACAACCUCGCAACCAAUGCACGAACAGACGCGUCUGCGCCGCGAAGUCGUGCGCCUGAAACGCGAGAUGGCGGCCACGUCGGCACAGGACAAUUUCGCGCGCUGGGCCAAGAUCAGGCGCGAGCAUGACAAGGCCUUGGCGCGGCAUGAUGAGCUCGCGGCGACGAAUAAUUCCUUCCGAUCCAAAUUCAACACCUACGCCUCGGCGACGAGGUGGAUCUCCACGAAUGGACUGCGUCUGUUUCUGCAGUUCUGGCAUGCCAGGACGGCGGUGUUUAGAUUGCCGCUGAAGCUAGUCCUUAUUAAUCUAGAUUAA